AUGUCGAAGGCACAGUCAGAAGCAGCAGAGCGCACCUCGACAUCCCGCUCCUCCUCCUCAAAGCCUGCUUCGCAUCUUUCCACACCGGCUCCAACUGCAAGCAACCAGGGCCUGCUGUGGCUACUGUUGAGACCUUUCUUAGCACUUGCAUUUGCAAUCUUUCAUAUCGUAUACCAAAUCAUUCUAGUAGAGCGCUCGGCUCGCACCGCCAUCAAGGAUGCUUUCAAGCAGGAUCCAAAUCUUGCACCGGCCUCGUACACCUCCCUCCAGCACCUUGUCGAUGUUCACGAGACGCCGUCAAGCUCAAUAAGGGUGCCCGAGCAUCUAGCAGUUGUUCUUGCCGAUGCGGUUCCCUCCUCGAUCCGACUCUACGUGUCGAGGAUGCUGAUGCGAAUCAGCGCAAGAGAUGUCGCUUCCACUGCCGACCUCUGGCGUGAUUUCAGAUACGGCUUCCAAGCAGCCGUGGAAGCAAAACAUGUCAACGAUAUGGCAUCCAUCGUUCAUCUUGCUAGAGUGAGUGGCGUGCAGCAGCUUAGCGUCUAUACGACACAGCAACUGUCGCCUACCGCGCUGCAAUCUCUGAGUAGAGUACUGCAGGUAGGCUACAGCACUCAGGCGGUCAUUGCGCAGCAAGAGGAGGGAGAGAAAGAGGUGCAAAGAUUUGAGCAACAAGGAGCAUCGAGCUCGUCGAGAUAUGCCGAGCUGAGAAGAAGGAGGACGAUGGAGCUGUCAGCGAGUUGGCCAGCAUCGAGCGGUUCGGAAGCAGGACUAUCAUCUCUCGAUGAGACGCUGGCUUCCUCGUACACUGCAGAUGUCGAUCAAGAAGACGCUUGCAAAGCAAGAGUAGACAUCCGUCUUGGACUCGCAACAUGCUCGAAGAGGGCGAGAGAGAGGGGCACCCUCCAAGUAACGCUUUUAAGCCAGCAAGAUGGUCAGGAGAGAUUCGCACAACUUGUCAGCCAGCAACUUGGCCAACGGGCGGAUGCAUACUUGUUGGAUGUCUUGCAACCAGACAUGGCAGCAACACCGCAAUGCCGAUUCUCUUCAUCAUCACUGCGCAAAGCAUGGCUCUCGAAACGCAAGACUUUCACCUCCGAGUUGACAGUAGCUGCACUAGAUAAAGGCUUGGUGGAAGCAGGAUACAUGUGCGAACCAGAUCUGCUCGUCGUGUUUGGUGGCAGACCAAGGCUGAGAAAGCUGUACGGCUUCCCUGCAUGGCCAAUGCGGCUGACAGAUCUGUUCUACGAUGCCAACAUGCAGCCGCACAAGCCCUACCGUGCAUCUGACUUUGUUGCAGCGCUCAGAAAGCUUGCCAAGACGCAACAGAGGUACGGUAGAUGA